CACGGCCACCUAUAUUUUGUGCACUAGGCAUGUGUACCUGAGGUACUUGAGAACGCAAGGGAUCUAGAAUUCUAGAUCAGUAGACAGUAGUACAUGAAAAUGAAAUGCGCAACUGGGCUCAAUUGGAAUUCUGUAGAAGUGCCAUUCGUAUGGCAAAUGGCAAAUAUUAUCUAGAUUGGUCCUUGACCUCUCUGAGCCAUCUCCUUCUUCCUCACUUAUUGUAGUUCCACACUUGCACCUGUGUAACAAAACUUUGAUCUCCUUGUUCCAUUCGACAAAUGAAACAAUUUGAUAUUUGCAAUUUACAUGAAACUAUUCAAAACCAAUGCAUUCCACUCCCUUUAUUCUAUAACUACCACCAAUGUAGACUCUUACAUGAUCAAAACAGGCUUUCUCCCAAGCAUAUACAAAUGGAACCAUCUGAUAAAAACUCUAAUUCAAAAAGGAAAUUUGUUAAAGGCUCAACAAGUGUUCAACAAAAUGCCCCAAAGGAAUAUAAUCUCUUGGAAUUCAUUGAUUUCUGGAUAUAUUAAAGGGGGUGAUUUAGUCGAAGCUCAGAAGCUAAUUGAUCAAAUGAAAGACCGGAAUGUGGUCACAUGGACGGUCAUGAUUGCCAGCUAUUCAUCAUUGGGCGAUCGCCACAUGGCAUUUGAGCUCUUUUCUGAUAUGCAAAAAUCUUAUGUGAAGCAUGACCAUGUAACCAUAACCACACUUCUAUCUGCUUGUAACGAUAAAUUGGCUUCUAGUUUGGUUAUUCAGUUGCAUACCCAAAUCGUUAAACAUGGGUACGGAGCCAUUUUUGUAGUUAGUAAUACUUUGAUUGAUUCUUUUGCAAAAUGUGGGCUCAUUGAAUAUGCUCAAAGAGUCUUUGAUGAGAUUCCUCGAAGGGAUUGUGUAUCAUUUAAUGCUUUGAUAAUGGGCUAUUUGAAAGAUGGAAUUCUUCAGAAGGCCUUGAAUUUGUUUGUUCAAAUGAGAAAUUUGGGAGUUAAGCCUUCUGAAUUCACAUUUGCCGCUAUUUUGAGUGCUGUCUCUGGAAUGGAUGCUUUGGGUUUAGGAAUGCAGGUCCAUGGUUAUGUGAUCAAGGCUAAUUAUGGGUGGAAUUUGUUUGUUAACAAUGCUAUACUUGAUUUAUACGUUAAGAAUGAGAAACUAAUUGAAGCAAAGGAAUUCUUCAAUGAGAUGCCUGAAUUCGACGGUGUCUCUUAUAAUAUUCUUAUCACUGGCUAUGCAUGGAAUAUGCAAUGCAAAGAGUGUAUAAAUCUCUAUAGAGAACUACUAUUGACAAAUUUCAAAAAGAAAAAUUACCCUUUUGCUAGUCUACUAAGCAUGUGUGCGAAUUUGCCAAAUUUAGAGAUGGGCAUGGAAAUUCAUGCACAAGCUAUUCAUUGCUCAGCAGAUGAGGAUGCCUUUGUUACGAAUGCUCUGGUAGAUAUGUAUGCCAAGUGUGGGGACUUGGAAGAUUCAAAGAGAUGUUUUAGGGACGGGAUUGAGUUCUCUGUGUCAUGGACGGCCAUGAUUUCAGGGUAUGUACAAAGAGGAUUUCACCAUGAAGCCUUGGAAUUAUAUGCAGAGAUGAGGAAAGAAGAUGUGUGCUCUGAUCCACCCACUUCCUCUAGUGUUCUUAGGGCUUGUGCUAGUUUGGCAACUAUAGGGGUUGGGGAGCAAGUGCACUCAUACUUGGAAAGAUCUGGUUUUUUGGCAAAUGUACAUUGUGCGAGUGCUCUUCUUGAUAUGUAUGCAAAAUGUGGAUUUAUAGACCAGGCAAGGCAAGUUUUUAAAGAGAUGCCAAACCGAAAUGUAGUCUCUUGGAAUGCCAUGAUAUCUGCUUAUGCACAAAAUGGGUAUGGAAAGGCUGCUGUUGAACUCUUUGAUGAAAUGGUUAAAUGGGGUAGAAAACCAGAUUCGAUAACCUUUCUAAGCCUUCUCAAUGCAUGUAAUCAUGCGGGGCUAGUUAGAGAAGGCUCAAAUUACUUAAAAUUGAUGACCCAAGUGUAUGGUGUUGAGCCUAAGCGUGAGCAUUAUGCUUGUAUGGUUGAUAUUCUUGGGCGAAUUGGAUGGUUAGAUGAAGCCGAAGAGCUUAUAAAUAAGAUGCCAUUUGAGAGUGAUGAUAUUAUAUGGUCUUCGAUUUUGAAUUCAUGUAGGAUCCAUGGAAAUCAUGCAUUAGCAAAGAGAGCAGCAGACCAUUUGUUCAAAAUGGAGCUCAGUGAUGGAGCACCUUAUGUUCUCAUGUCCAAUAUAUAUGCAGCUUUGGGUAGGUGGGAAGAUGUAGCGAAGGUGAAGAAAUCCAUGAAGGACCGUGGAGUAAGAAAAGAACGCGCUUACAGUUGGGUAGAGAUAGAAAGGAAAACACAUUCAUUUUUAGCCAAUGAUGAUUCACAUUGUCAAAUAGAUAUCAUCAGAGAAAUGCUACAGAUGUUGUCUGAACAUAUAAAGAUGGAAGGGUAUGACCCUGAUACUGGAUAUUUGUCUCAUUUAUGUGAAUGAGGGAUGAUUAAAGCAGUUUCCACCAUUUUAGAGAUGGAACUUCUUUUUAAGGUAAUAUU